UUCAUCCCUCUGUAAUUGCAAGCAGCCCAUCGAUCGCCUAUUUUUGCUUUUGAUUUUGUGAUGAUUCACUCUUAACAACAUGGAUUUUGUGAGCCCAAUCUUGGAUGUGGUGUCUCGCUUGUAUGCCUGCACCGCUAAGCAUGCUGGCUACAUCUUUCAUGUCAAACCAGAUCUUGAAUCCUUGAGAAGCAGAAUGGUAGAACUGAAGGAUCUAAGUGAAGAUGUUAAGGCCAGAGUUGAACUUGCAGUGCAACAAAAUAUGAAGGUCAGAAGGGAAGUGAAAAGGUGGUUCGAGGACAUCGAUUUCAUAGAGGUUGAUGCGGCCCGAAUUCUGCAACAAGGGGAUCUGCAAGUAGAGAAGAAAUGCCUUGGAAGCUGUUGUCCCAAGAAUUUUUGGUCAACCUACAAGGUUGGGAAGAGAGUAUCCAAACAACUCAUAACUAUUGUGAUUCUCCUGGGCGAGGGAAGAAGUUUUGAUUCUGUGGCUUACAGGUUGCCAUGUGUUCCUGUAGAUGAAAUGCCUCUUGGGCAUACCGUGGGCGUAGAUUGGUUGUAUGAGAAAGUUUGCAGCUGUCUCAUUGAAGAUAAAGUGGGAGUUAUUGGAUUAUAUGGAACAGGGGGUGUUGGGAAAACAACGCUAAUGAAGAAAAUCAACAAUGAGUUCCUCAAAACAAAGCACCAAUUUGGUGUUGUGAUUUGGGUCUCCGUGUCCAAGCAAGCAAGUGUGAGAACUACUCAAGAGGUGAUUCGAAAUAAAUUACAGAUUCCGGAUGGCAUGUGGCAAGGUAGAACAGAGGAUGAAAGGGCUAGAGAAAUAUUCAACAUCCUGAAAACAAAAAGGUUUGUGCUACUUUUAGACGAUGUAUGGCAACGACUUGAUCUCUCAGAAAUAGGAGUUCCCCCUCUUCCAGAUGAUCAACGUAAGUCCAAAGUAAUUAUCACGACUCGAUUCAUGAGGAUAUGCAGUGACAUGGAAGUUCAAGCGUCAUUUAAAGUGAACUGUUUGACAAGGGAAGAAGCCUUGACUCUGUUCCUGAAGAAGGUCGGAGAGGACACUCUAAGCUCUCAUCCUGAUAUUCCAAAUCUUGCUAAGAUGAUGGCAGAGCGGUGCAAAGGCUUGCCACUUGCCCUCGUUACUGUUGGACGAGCAAUGGCUAACAGGAUUACUCCCCAGGAAUGGGAACAGGCAAUACAAGAGCUGGAGAAAUUUCCAUCGGAAAUUUCAGGUAUGGAGGAUCAAUUGUUUAAUGUUUUGAAGCUAAGUUAUGAUAGCUUAAGGGAUGAUAUCACCAAAUCUUGUUUCGUAUAUUUCUCUGUAUUUCCCAAGGAAUAUGAAAUUAGGAAUGAUGAGCUUAUAGAACAUUGGAUUGGGGAGCGGUUUUUUGAUGAUUUGGACAUAUGUGAAGCACGCAGACGAGGACAUAAAAUUAUCGAAGAACUGAAGAAUGCAAGCCUGCUAGAAGAGAGAGAUGGAUUUAAAGAGUCUAUCAAGAUUCAUGACGUGAUCCACGACAUGGCUCUAUGGAUAGGUCAUGAAUGUGGGACGAGGAUGAAUAAAAUUUUGGUAUGUGAAUCUGUGGGGUUUGUUGAAGCUAGGAGAGCAGCCAACUGGAAUGAGGCAGAAAGGAUAUCAUUGUGGGGUAGGAAUAUUGAACAACUCCCUGAAACACCACAUUGCUCCAAGCUUCUGACUCUCUUUGUGAGAGAAUGUACUGAGUUGAAGACAUUUCCAAGUGGAUUCUUCCAAUUCAUGCCCCUCAUAAGAGUGCUAAACUUGUCAGCUACCCAUAGAUUAACUGAGUUUCCUGUUGGUGUUGAGAGCUUAAUCAACUUGGAAUAUCUUAAUCUUUCAAUGACAUGCAUAAAACAGUUACCAACUGAGAUUAGGAAUUUGGCAAAACUGAGGUGUUUGCUACUUGAUAGCAUGCACUCACUUAUAAUUCCACCAAAUGUGAUAUCAACUCUUCUCUCGUUACAGUUAUUUAGUAUGUAUGAUGGAAAUGCUUUAUCUGCAUAUCGUCAAGCCUUGUUGGAGGAGUUGGAGUCCAUAGAACGUUUGGAUGAGUUAUCUCUCUCGUUCCGUAGUAUUGUAGCUCUCAAUAGAUUACUGAGCUCCUACAAGUUACAAAGGUGCAUGAAACGUUUAAGCCUCAAUGACUGCAGGAAUUUGCCGUCGCUUGAGCUAUCAUCAGUGUCUUUGAGCUAUUUGGAGACUCUUGUUAUAUUCAACUGUCUUCAAUUGGAAGAUGUGAAAAUUAAUGUGGAAAAAGAGGGAAGGAAAGGAUUUGAUGAGAGAACUUAUGAUAUUCCCAAUCCUGACUUGAUAGUGAGAAACAAACAAUACUUCGGCAAGCUUCGGGAUGUAAAGAUUUGGAGUUGUCCAAAACUGUUGAACUUGACAUGGCUUAUUUAUGCUGCAGGCCUUGAGUCACUUAGCAUUCAGUCCUGUGAAUCGAUGAAAGAAGUGAUAAGUUACGAGUACGGAGCUUCGACUACACAACACGUGAGAUUGUUCACGAGGCUCACAACUCUAGUAUUGGGUGGCAUGCCACUGCUAGAGAGCAUCUAUCAGGGGACCCUCCUCUUCCCCGCAUUGGAAGUAAUCUCUGUGAUUAACUGUCCCAAGCUAGGGAGGCUCCCGUUUGACGCCAAUAGUGCUGCCAAGAGCUUAAAGAAAAUUGAAGGAGAUAUAACCUGGUGGUAUGGGUUGCAAUGGGAGCAUGAGACCAUUGAGCUAACUUUCACCAAAUAUUUUUCCCCUCAGUACUUGGCCGAUUUAAUCGAUCUCUCAGGCAUCAACACAGAGGUAAUGGGAAAGAAGGAACUGUUGAAUCUUACUGAAAGGUUCGACCUCAUGGCAAAGAAAAAAAAGGUGCAAAAAGGGUCAACCUCGACGUCAGGGACCUAAGCACAGCUCGGGGAGUGCAGAAGUUAUAACUGAAGAGGCUAAAAUUGGGGAUCCUCUGCCAAACAGAUUCACAAGUUCAUAACAGAAUCUUUCAGAUGAUUCAUCCAGCUGCUAUUACUUACAUCCAUCUGAUAAUCCUGGUGCACUUUUGGUUUUCAAGAUAUUCACUGGUGAGAAUUAUACUGCAUGGAGUCGAUCUAUGUCAAUUGCUCUAAUAGUGAAAAAUAAAAUUGCAUUUGUUGAUGGUUCUCUGGUUCAACCAAUCACUAAUGAUCCUCAUCUUCGUGUUGCUUGGCUAAGAGCCAAUAAUCUUGUCUUGUCUUGGCUAAUGAAUUCAAUUGCCAAAGAAAUCCGUGGUAGUCUUCUCUAUUUCACAAAUGCUUUUGAUAUCAGGGAGGAGCUGAAAAUCAGAUAUCUCAGAAGUGAUGGACCAAGGGUUUCCUCCCUGGAAAAAUCCUUAAGUUCCAUUUCUCAAAAUUCGAAAUCUAUCACUGAAUAUUUUAGUGAAUUCAAGGCUUUAUGGGAUGAAUACAUUAGCUAUCGUCCUAUUCCCAGUUGCAGAUGUGGGAACCUUAAUCGUUGUUCUUGUAAUAUUUUGAAGGACUUAACUGAUAGACAGUAAUCAGACUAUGUAAUGAAAUUUCUUGUGGGGCUUCACGAUUCUUAUUCAGCAAUUAGAAGUCAAUUGCUACUACAA